AUGGGUACCAGAAAUGACUUUGUCGAGCCCUUCCUAAAAGGGACAACCAUAGACAAAUCUUCUGACAGAUUCCGUGUUAAUGAAUGGGGUGAAAUGGAGUGGAUGCCAGCGGGUCUCAUUGAAAGCACGUGCAGCGUAAACGCUAAGAAAUGUCCCUUUGAUUCUCAGAGCUGUGACACUAGCUUUACUUCUCUCGGUUACAAGAGUAAUGAAGUGAAUCUUCAAGCCGGAUUUCCGAACGUCAUGUUAAAUGUUUACUCUCCUCAUGCCUUAUGGGAUAUUACUGCAUCAGAAGUUAAAACGGUGAUAUUAGGAUCUGGAAAUGAGGCUGAAAUAACGUUCACUAUACACUUAGAAAGGAAUGCAACAUUUGCUGUGAUUAACAUAAUAAUGCCCAUAUUAAUACUAAGCUUAUUAAAUGUUCUUGUGUUUCUUCUUGUGCCAGAAUCGGGAGAACGUAUAGGAUACUGCAUUACGACACUUCUCGUUAUUGCUGUCUACAUGACCAUUGUCAAUGAUUUACUGCCCCAAACUUCACAGCCGGUACCGCUUAUUUCCUACAAGUUGAUGAUUGAUUUGCUUAUCAGCGCCCUAAUAGUUUUUGUCACCAUCAUAGACAUGCGACUAUAUUGUAAAGACGAUAACAAUAGUGUACCAAAUUGGCUGAAGUCUAUAUAUAGGUUUUUAACCUGUACUGGCAGAAAGACUCAUCCAGACGACACAGAAGAAAUGAAACAAAGACGUGAAAUCAAAUUUAAGGGUACCGAUAGUACUGUAAUGCAAGAAAACGCAUCUAAUAGUAAAACAAAGGACUGUUCUGGCGAGCUGAAAAAUAAACAAGAGAGAAAAGACGAUCCCAUAACAUGGAAACAAAUAAGUUAUAUGGUUGACUGGAUCGCCCUGUUUACAUGUAUAUUUUUGACAGUGAUGAAUAUGAUCUUAUUUUUAGGAAUGGCAGCGUCGUAA